GCCUAGUGCCGGAGAGCCGGGAUGGCAACGGAGUCGGCAGCCGCAGGAACCGUCGGAGGAGGAGGAGGAGACGCGGCGGAGAAGCCCGGAGCGCGGCUAGGCUGAGCGAGAAUUUGAGAACAUUGGUCCUCAUCCCGUCCCGUUCCAAGUGAGAAGAUGGCUGUGUCACGGCAGUUUGGGCUUCUUCUCUGGAAGAAUUACAUCUUGCAGAAACGGAAGAUUCUGGUCACGCUGAUCGAGACGUGUCUCCCCUUGUUGUUUGCCGCCAUCCUUAUUGGCCUGCGCCACCGUGUCCAUUCGGUCAACCACCCCAAUGCCACCUUAUACCACAGCAAGCAGGUGGACAGGCUGCCCAGUUUCUUCCAUCGCUGGCAUUCGGGCGUCCCCUGGGAACUGGCGUUCGUCCCCUCCAACAACACGGCCGUGCAAAACGUCGCCGAGAGGGUGGAGAAGGACUUGAAGAUCAAAGUGCGAUGGUUUCCAUCCGAAAGAGAGUUUGAACACUACAUCCGUUUUGAUAACCAUUCAGGCAACAUACUGGCAGGAGUAGUUUUUGAGAACUGUGUGGCUAACAGCCAGGAUCCCUUACCACUCCAGAUUAGUUACCGGCUACGUUUCAAAUAUAGCCCUAGAAACGCUCCUCCGAGUGAGAGGACAGGAUUGAACCCCAACUUGGAUCGAGAGUGGAACACCCAUUACCUCUUCCCAUUGCUCCAGUUGCCAGGACCCAGAGAGGCAAAAAAUGACGAUGGAGGCACACCAGGGUACUUCCGUGAAGGUUUCCUUGCAGUCCAACAUGCAGUGGAUAUGGCCAUCAUAAAGCACCAUGCCAACACAUCUACUUCCCAUCUGUGGGAUCGUGUGAACGUGACUGUUCGGCGCUUUCCUUAUCCUCCUUAUGUCAAUGACCUCUUCCUCAUUGCUAUCCAGAACCAGCUGCCCUUGCUACUCAUGUUGAGCUUCACCUACACCUCCCUCAACAUUGUCCGCGCUGUGGUACAUGAGAAAGAGAAGAAGCUGAAGGAGUACAUGCGCAUGAUGGGACUCAGUAACUGGCUACACUGGAGCGCAUGGUUCUUCCUCUUCUUCCUCUUCCUCUUAGUGUCCAUCUUCUUUGUGACCAUCCUCUUCUGUGUCAAGGUGAGUGAACAGGGAGCAGUUUUGCCCAAUAGCGACCCAACUCUGGUCUUCACUUUCCUGGCGGUGUUUUGCAUCUCAACCAUCUCCUUCAGCUUCAUGGUCAGCACCUUCUUCUCAAGAGCCAAUGUAGCCGCAGCUGCGGGAGGUUUCCUCUAUUUUUUCUCCUACAUUCCGUACUUUUUUAUCUCCCCCCGCUACGACCACAUGACCCACAGCCAGAAACUCUCGUCCUGCGUCAUCUCCAACGUCGCCAUGGCUAUGGGGGCACAGCUGAUCGGCAUGUUUGAAGGGAAAGGCACGGGGAUACAGUGGGGAAACCUGAUGAAAGCUGUCAGCGUCGACGAUAACUUCACAAUGGCUCAUGUCCUGGGGAUGCUUCUCCUGGAUUCUGGGAUCUAUGGCUUGGUUGCUUGGUACAUGGAGAAUGUGUUUCCUGGAGAAUAUGGCAUCCCACAACCCUGGUACUUCUUUGUCAUGCCUUCUUACUGGUGUGGGGGCCCCCAGACCCUUCUGGGAAAAGAGAAGGAAGAGGAGGAAGAUCCAGAGAAAGCUUUGAAAAGUCAAUUCAUAGAGGAGGAGCCUUCGGAUUUGGUGUCGGGCAUCAAAAUCAAACAUCUUUCCAAGGUGUUCAAAGUGGGCAACAAAACCAGAGAAGCCGUGAAGGACCUGACUCUUAAUAUGUACGAAGGACAAAUCACCAUCCUCCUUGGACACAAUGGGGCUGGGAAGACCACCACUUUGUCCAUGCUGACAGGACUGUAUCCUCCAACCAGCGGACAGGCGUACAUUAAUGGCUACGAAAUCUCUCAGGACAUGGUCCUCAUCCGGAAGAGCCUGGGUCUUUGUCCUCAGCAUGAUGUCCUCUUUGACCACAUGACGGUAGAAGAGCAUCUGUACUUCUACUCUGGGCUGAAAGGAUUUCCUGUUGAAAAAUGCCCUGGGGAGAUCGCCCAUAUCCUGCGCAUCCUCAACUUACAAGAGAAACAAGGGACUUUGUCGAAGGCCCUCUCCGGAGGAAUGAAACGCAAGCUCUCCAUUGCCAUCGCUCUCAUUGGGGACUCCAAGGUGGUGAUGUUGGAUGAACCUACCUCAGGCAUGGACCCCGUUUCACGGCGGGCCACGUGGGAGCUCCUGCAGCAGCAGCGCAGAACUCGCACCAUCUUGCUCACCACCCAUUUCAUGGAUGAGGCAGACCUGCUGGGCGACCGCAUCGCCAUUAUGGCCAAGGGGGAGCUCCAGUGUUGUGGAUCAUCCCUCUUUCUCAAGCAUAAAUAUGGUGCUGGGUACCACAUGGUGAUGGUGAAAGAGCCCUACUGCAACCUCGGAGAGAUCUCCCACCUCAUCUAUCAUUAUGUCCCCAACGCCUCUCUGGAGAGCAACGUGGGGGCAGAAUUGUCCUUCAUCCUACCCAAGGAGAGCACGCACAAAUUUGAGGCUCUGUUCACAGAGUUGGAGUUACGCCGGGAAGAACUGGGCAUUGCCAGUUAUGGAGCUUCAGUUACCACAAUGGAAGAGGUCUUCCUUAGAGUUGGCAAGCUUGUGGAUUCCAGCAUGGACAUCCAAGCCAUCCAGCUGCCAGCUCUGCAGUACCAGCACGAACGGCGAUCCAACGACUGGGCCAUGGAUGAUUCCAGCAGCAUGAGUGGCUUGACAAACAUGACCGAUGACAGCGGGACACUCAUCACCGAAGAUUGCUCCAACGUUAAGCUGAACACAGGGUUCUACCUCUGCUGCCAGCAGUUCUACGCCAUGUUCAUGAAGAGGGCGGUGUACAGCUGGCGCAACUGGAAGAUGGUAGCAGCCCAGUUUUUGGUGCCUCUUAUUUUCACUGCUUUUGCCUUGAUCGCCGCCAAGACCUUCCCGGGACCUCGAGACUCUCCGUUGUUGAAGCUGUCUUUAAAGCCGUACGGACAGACCACGGUGCCUUUCUCCGUCUCCCAAGGCUCCAGCCUGGGCGAGAGGCUGGCAGCGCGGUACAAGAAUGUGGUUGGUGCUCAACGCCAGGAGCCGUUGGAGGUGGUAGGGAACCUGGAGGAAUACUUGAUUUCUCGAGCAUCCGAAGAAGCCGGAGCCUUUAAUGAGUACCACAUCGCGGCAGCUUCUUUCCAAGAGACCUCGGGCCAGAUAAACAUCACCGCUCUUUUCAACAACCAAGCAUUUCAUUCUCCUGCCACUGCGCUGCUACUGGUGGACAAUGCCUUGUUGAGGCUAAUCGUUGGACCAAAUGCCUCCAUCGCCGUGGCUAACUAUCCACAACCUCGCAACAUGACCGAGACGGCAAAGGACCAGAUCAUGGAAAGCCAGACGGGUUUCGCAAUCGCCAUUAACUUGCUCUACGGAAUGGCCUCCUUAUCCAGCACCUUUGCGCUUCUGCUGGUCAGCGAGAGGUCCAUCAAAGCCAAACACGUACAGUUUGUCAGCGGUGUUUACAUGGUGAACUUCUGGCUCUCGGCGCUUCUGUGGGACCUCAUCAACUACCUUACACCUUGCACCCUCAUCCUGGUGAUCUUCCAAGCCUUUGACAUCAAAGCGUUCACUCAGGACAGCCAUCUCGUGGAUAUAAUGCAGAUAUUUCUUCUGUAUGGCUGGGCCAUUAUCCCCCUCAUGUACCUGCUCAGCUUCUUCUUUUCCAUAGCAGCCACAGCCUACACCCGCCUCACCAUCUUCAAUGUCUUCUCUGGCACAGCCACGUUCUUGCCCGUUGUCAUCAUGAGCAUUCCUGAGCUUGGAAUGGUGGACCUUUCUAACACGUUAGAUAAAGUCUUCCUCAUCCUACCCAACUACUGUUUGGGACAAAGCAUCAGCAAGUUCUACCAGAAUUAUGAGUUCAUUCAGUUCUGCACUUCUUCUUUUGAGUCGGUGCUCAUCUGUAAAAUAUUUAAUAUCACCUACCAGACCAACUACUUUGCUUGGGAAAGCCCAGGCGUUGGGAAAUACUUGACAGCAAUGGCAGCCGAAGGGCUCUUCUUCCUUCUCCUGCUCUUUCUCAUUGAGACUAACCUCCUCUGGAGAAUGAGGACCAUUGUUUGCGACAUACGACGGAGGCGGAAAUGGGUCAUGUUGCUUAACCAGGUUCCGGUGCUGCCAGAAGACCGGGAUGUUGCUGAUGAGAGGAAGAAGGUUCUGGAAUCUCCAGUAGCAUCAAGUUCUUCUCUGAAUAGUCCUCUUGUGAUUAAGGAACUUACCAAGGUAUACAGUAGCAGGGAUUCUUGCCUGGCUGUGGACAGAAUCUCUCUUGCGGUCAGCAAGGGGGAAUGUUUUGGUCUUCUGGGUUUCAACGGGGCAGGCAAAACCACGACCUUCAAGAUGCUCACUGGGGAUGAGAGCAUCACAUCGGGAGAUGCAUAUGUGGAUGGACACAGCAUCCUGGCCAACAUCAAAAAGGUCCAGCAGCGGAUUGGCUACUGUCCUCAAUUUGAUGCACUUUUGGAUCACAUGACUGGGAGGGAGACCUUGAGCAUGUAUGCCCGACUGCGGGGCAUCCCCGAACGCUACAUCAGCAGCUGUGUGGAGAACAUGCUUCGUGGGUUGCUCUUAGAACCUCACGCCAAUAAACUCAUCCGCACAUACAGUGGUGGGAACAAGCGGAAACUGAGUGCAGGAAUUUCUCUCAUUGGUGGACCUCCUGUGGUCUUCCUGGAUGAACCCUCCACCGGCAUGGACCCCGUGGCCAGGCGCCUAUUAUGGGAUGCAGUUGCUCGGACACGGGAGUGUGGGAAGUCCAUCAUUAUCACGUCUCACAGCAUGGAAGAAUGUGAAGCUCUGUGUACCAGGUUGGCCAUCAUGGUCAAUGGCCAGUUCAAGUGCCUGGGCAGCCCCCAGCACCUGAAAAGCAAGUUUGGCAGUGGAUAUACCCUGCUGGCCAAAACCCACUGUGAUGAAGAAGACCACGUAGAAGACUUCAAGGCCUUUGUGGAGAAGACAUUCCCUGAGAGCGUCCUGAAGCAUGAGCACCAGGGGAUGGUCCAUUACCACCUCACCAAUAAGAACCUCAGUUGGGCACAGGUGUUUGGGACACUCGAGAAAGCCAAAGAGAAGUAUUGCAUAGAAGAUUACUCUGUCAGCCAAAUCUCAUUGGAGCAAAUCUUUAUGAGCUUCACGCGUUUCCAGCACUACACAGAAGAUUGCGAGAAAUGAGUCUAGUCUUCUCCAGCCUCUUUUCGCGGACUGACCUGUUGCCUAUAAGAUAGUCUAUAAAGAGAAGGUAAUUUAUAGUAUCAGCCAUGUCUCCAACAACAAGAAGAAUGGACAUAUUCUCAUUGGACAAUUGGUACACCACCGUACUGACCUUAUGAAGAUGAAUGCAUGGGUUGUGUGGAUGUGCUGUAUGUCCAUUUGUCUGUGUGAGGCAUGAGAAGGAGGAGGAAUGCUUAACCAUCUUUCGAAGGCAGCUGGGAUGUCCUACCAACUCUCGCUCCACUUUUAUGACAAUGGGAGGGCUUAGCCUACUAACAGUCGUGGAAGCAGUUAACCCUGAAGCCUGGGACAAUUGAGUAAUUCAGUAUCUUGGACGCUAGGAUACUAGUUUCUUCUUUCUUUCCCACCCUCCCAAUCUCAUCUUCUUAAGAAGUUUCCACCAGACCAGCGUUGGUGUCAUCGGCCUGCCUGCAUGUCCCCAGUUUUGGAGCGUCGACAGCACAUAUUCAUCCGUAUGGUUGCGAUCCAUAUCUUUUAUGUUCAGACAAAAAAACUCUUUGGAAUGAGCCCACUCGUGGUCCUUUGGAUGGUUUGCAUCCCUUGGAAGGUGAAAAAACCAAGCUCCUAUGUGAAAGAAGCCAUUUUGAGCCCUUCCUUACAUGGCAUCCAGGGAAUUGCCCCUGCUCUUCAAGAACUAGUGAAACAAGAUUUAGUAUCUCCACUUUCUUGGCGAGCUUUAGACAAGUUUGUUUUGACAAAGCCUUCAGCAUCCAUACUGCAUACGCCAGUAUCCAAGUCUCUUUUCUUCUGCUUUCCAAAGAUCUCAUGAACAUCAGGUCACAAGCGGCCAUCAAUAGCUUUCUCAUUGCAAAGCUGCCUUUGAUGUCCUUGAGAAUAAUGUUUCCCAGUCUGGGUGCCCUCAGGAUGGAUGUGGACUUCCAACUCCCAGGAGUGCCCAGCCAGCGUGCCAUCCCUGGAACUUGAUAUCUGGACCUCUAGAAUUCAUUCCAGCAGAGGAAGUUGAUUCAGAGAGAUUGUCCUUGAAAACGUAAAGAGUUUGGUGUUCACAUCAGCUCUGAAUUGUUGUUAGCUGCCACAAGAAGAUCCAUUUUGUGGCUAUCUGAUCGCCGGCUAACCCUUGUAGGCUUGCUGGGUGUGGCAAUAAACCCAUAGCUCUGUUUCUGGAAACUCAGAAAGUCAAUGCAUUCACCAUCAGUGAACCUUCUUUUCUUCCUCCCAUAUCAGUGUCCCUUCCAUCCAUCCAUCCAUCCAUCCAUCCAUCCAUCCAUCCAUCCAUAUCUAUGUUCCUUCCUUUCAUCCAUUGUUCCAUCCAUCCAUCCAUAUUAGCCUUCCUUUCUUUCUUCCUUCCAUCCAUCCAUCCAUCCAUCUAUAUGUUCCUUCCUUCCUUCCUUUCAUCCAUUGUUCCAUCCAUCCAUCCAUAUCAGCCUUCCUUCCUUCUUUCCAUCCCCAUGUUCCUUCUUUUCAUCCAUUUUUCCAUCCAUCCAUCUAUAUCAGCCAGCCUUCUUACUUUCUUCCUCCCCGCCCCCUCCCAUCCACCCACCCUCUCCUUUUAGAUGCUUCUGGAUGAUGCUUCUAGACCAUAAUAAGUAAGCUGGGAAGCGACAGUGGUUGGGUUUUUAAAGAAGCCCAGGUUCUUGGGCACCAAAGAGUUACACUCUGCAUAAUUCUUCCCUUCUGGAUAGUUCAGUCAAUUGAUGGUUGACUGAAGUUUUCAAUUGUGGUGCACCAAAAGUGUGCUGUGAGGACAGAGUCCACAAUCCAUCUGCCAGUUGUGUCUUGCAAAAAAAAAAAAAAGAGCAUUCUUGGGAUCUAAAAAAAAAAAGACCUCCCAGGCUUUUUCCUCUCUGCAUAAGGAACUAGGGCUUAAACUCAUUACAAUUUGAAUUAAUGCAAACAACAACAACAACAACCCCCACCACUCUUUGCUACUUGAAUCGACCAAUGACACAUGGAAUGUAUUAUCCGAGCAUCUGUACCUCUCUUAGUCACAGGAGAAGUGGAAAGUAUGUGGGACCAGGAAGGGAAAAACUAAAAGAGCUCCCAGGUUUAAUUUUGUGUGAAUUCUGAAUUAAUAGUUAAUUUUUAGUUUGGGCCUUUUGGUGCAGGUAUUGUAGUUUGCCCUUUAGCUCAGGGGUCUCGAACCUUGGCAACUUUAUGACUUGUGGACUUCAGCUCCCAGAAUUCCUCAGCCAGCAUGGGAGUUGAAGUCCACAAGUCGUAAAGUUGCCAAGGUUCGAGACCCCUGGUUUAGGUGAUCUGUGCCUUUUGGUACUUGCCUCUAUGUGGAGUCUUGUCAACAAAAACUCAAACCAUCCUUUCUCUUAAGGAGGGCAGAAAGCUGAACACCCAGGAGCUGUGUUGCUUUAAAAAAAAAGUUACCCUUGUUUUGAAAAUUAUGUGAACUCUUUAAAAAGAGUUCACAUCUGGAGUGGAGGGAUGCAGUGGCUCAGUGGCUAAGACACUGAGCUUGUCGAUCGAAAGGUCGGCAGUUUGGUGGUUCAAAUCCCUAGUGCCGCAUAACCGGGGUGAGCUCCUGUUACUUGUCCCAGCUUCUAGCUCCCAACCUAGCUGGAUAACCAUUUGUCUGAAAUAGGAUUUCCUGCCUAAGCAGGGGUUGGACUGGAAGUUCCCUUCCAACUUUGUUAUUCGAUUCGAUUCGAUUCAAUUAGACUUUAUUCUAUCCCUAUUCUAUUAUUCUAGUCUAGUCUAGUCUAGUCUAGUCUAGUCUAGUCCAGUCUAAUCUAUUCGAAUUCUAUUCAAAUUCUAUUCUAUUCUUUUUUUUUUAUUUGCAUUUAUAUCCCGCCCUUCUCCGAAGACUCAGGGCGGCUUACACCAUGUUAGCAAUAGUCUUCAUCCUAUUUGUAUAUUUAUAUACAAAGUCAACUUAUUGCCCCCAACAAUCUGGGUCCUCAUUUUACCUACCUUAUAAAGGAUGGAAGGCUGAGUCAACCUUGGGCCUGGUGGGACUUGAACCUUCAGUAAUUGCAAGCAGCUGCUGUUAAUAACAGACUGCAUUAGCAGUCUGAGCCACAGGGGCCCCUAUUCUAUUCUAUUGCCAUUCCCAUUCCAUUUUAUUGCAUUCUAUUCUAUUCAGUUAGCAAGGGUUCUCCAGCUAAAAGGACACUACCAGCCACCACAUUUCUCUAUAGGUAGUCCUCCACUUACAAAAGUUUGUUGAGUGACAGUUCAAAGUUACAACAGCAUUGGAAAAAAAACUGAUUUAUGACCGUGUUUCACACUUCCGACCUUUGCAGCACCUCCUGGUCAUGUGAUCCAAAUUCAGACCCCUGGCAACGGGUUCAUAUUUAUGGCGGUCGCAGUGUCUCCCAGGGGGGUCACACGAUCCCCUUUGGCAACCUUCUGAUGAGCAAAAUCAACGGGGAAGCCAGAUUCACUGAACAACCGGGUUAACAACCGAAGUGACUCAUUUAACAACUGUGAAAAGAAAGGCUGUAAAACAGAGCAUAUUUAGCUUAACAACUGCCUCGCUCAGCAACAGAAAUUUUGGGCACAAUUGUGGGCGUAAGUCAAGAACUACCUGUUUCUGAAGCUUCUCUUUACCUACUUCUAUCCCCCACAAGUAUAUUUUUAAGUACCCUGUUUUCCCCAAAAUAAGACCUCCCCUGAUAAUAAGCCCAAUCGGGCUUUUGAGCGCAUGGCAAUAAGGCCAAGCGCUUAUUUCAAGGUUCAAAAAAAUAUAAAACAGGGUCUUAUUUUAGGGGAAACACGGUAUUUAUCUAUCAAUCUACAGUAUCUAUCUAUCUAUCUAUCUAUCUAUCUAUCUAUCUAUCUAUCUAUCUAAUCUAUAUCUAUCUAUCUUCGCUAUCUCUCUGUAUCUAUCUAUCUAUCUAUCUAUCUAUCUCUGCCAUCUCUCUCUUAUCUAUCUGUCUAUCUAUCAUCCAUCCAUCUACCCAUCCACCUACCUCUAUAUCUAUCUAUCUAUCUAAUCUAUAUAUAUCUAUAUUUGCUAUCUCUCUGUAUCUAUCUAUCUAUCUAUUUAUCU